CCGCGAAGCCUCCCGUCUGUCCCGCCGUCUGUCUGGCGCGAGGGGAGCGGGGCAGAGGCGGCGGACACUGCCCGCCCAUCCCCGCUGACCAGCAUGGCCAACUUCACACCAGUCAACGGCAGCGCGGGCAACCAGUCCAUGCGCCUGGUCACGUCCACCCAUAACCGCUACGAGACAGUGGAGAUGGUGUUCAUCGCCACGGUGACGGGCUCGCUGAGCCUGGUGACUGUCGUGGGCAACAUCCUGGUGAUGCUGUCCAUCAAGGUCAACAGGCAGCUGCAGACAGUCAACAACUACUUCCUGUUCAGCCUGGCGUGUGCAGAUCUCAUCAUAGGCGCUUUCUCCAUGAACCUCUACACCGUGUACAUCAUCAAGGGCUACUGGCCCCUGGGCGCCGUGGUCUGUGACCUGUGGCUGGCCCUGGACUACGUGGUGAGCAAUGCCUCCGUCAUGAACCUUCUCAUUAUCAGCUUUGACCGCUAUUUCUGCGUCACCAAGCCCCUCACCUACCCUGCCCGGCGGACCACCAAGAUGGCAGGCCUCAUGAUCGCUGCGGCCUGGGUCCUGUCCUUUGUGCUCUGGGCACCUGCCAUUUUGUUCUGGCAGUUUGUGGUGGGCAAGCGGACAGUGCCUGACAACCAAUGCUUCAUCCAGUUCCUGUCCAACCCAGCAGUGACCUUCGGCACAGCCAUUGCUGCCUUCUACCUGCCCGUGGUCAUCAUGACGGUGCUCUACAUUCACAUCUCCCUGGCCAGUCGCAGCCGAGUCCACAAGCACCGGCCCGAAGGCCCAAAGGAGAAGAAGGCCAAGACUUUGGCCUUCCUCAAGAGCCCCCUGAUGAAGCAGAGCAUCAAGAAACCCCCGCCAGGAGAAGCUGCUCGAGAGGAGCUGCGCAACGGGAAGCUGGAGGAGGCCCCUCCACCAGCCCUGCCACCACCGCCGCGCUCAGUGGCUGACAAGGACACUUCCAAUGAGUCCAGCUCGGGCAGUGCCACCCAGAACACCAAGGAACGACCACCCACGGAGCUGUCGACCACAGAGGCCACCACGCCUGCCAUGCCUGCCCCUCCCCUGCAGCCACGGGCCCUCAACCCAGCCUCCAAAUGGUCCAAGAUCCAGAUUGUGACGAAGCAGACGGGCAAUGAGUGUGUGACAGCCAUCGAGAUUGUGCCUGCCACGCCAGCUGGCAUGCGUCCGGCGGCCAAUGUGGCCCGCAAGUUUGCCAGCAUUGCUCGCAACCAGGUGCGCAAGAAGCGGCAGAUGGCAGCCCGAGAGCGCAAGGUGACACGGACCAUCUUUGCCAUUCUGCUGGCCUUCAUUCUCACCUGGACACCCUAUAAUGUCAUGGUCCUGGUGAACACCUUCUGCCAGAGCUGCAUCCCUGACACAGUAUGGUCCAUCGGCUACUGGCUCUGCUAUGUCAACAGCACCAUCAACCCUGCCUGCUACGCUCUCUGCAAUGCCACCUUCAAAAAGACCUUCCGGCACUUGCUGCUGUGCCAGUAUCGGAACAUUGGCACUGCCAGGUAGGCAGGCAGGGGUGCUCUAGAAGGUGCUGGUGUUGCAUAUGUGUGCUGGGGGACCACGAGGCUCACCUGCUGUGGGGAAGAGUUGGAGGCACUGUUCCGCACUCACAUUUGCUGAAGAGGAGAGCUGAAGACUCCAAGACCCUGUGAGUCUCAGGAAGAGGCUUGGGCUGGCUUCAGAGACCAGCUCUCUGCUUGGGCUGAGGAGGCUCAGCCCUAGGAGUGUCUGAACCGGGACCACCCGGCCCAUCUCUGUUGCCCCCCCUCAGGGAGCUGGGGGGCACAGGCCUGGGCAGGCACCUGCCCCACUGUGACCAACCAUCAGCAUAGUGAAAGGAUGAACAUCUGGAGAGGAGCAGAAGCCCAGGACCUUCUCGGGUGGAGCAAAGGGGCCAGUGCUUGGGAAAAGAGGCUUGGGAAGGGAGUGGAAGCGUGGGGUCCCUUAUUCUGCUGUAAUUGGUGCUUUCUACCCUCCUGUACCCCGCAUGUAGGCUCCAUCCCUCCCCACAAAUCCCAUUCCGGGGCAGAAACCUCCCCUCCCUGCAGCUACUCAGGCUGAGUGGGCUCUGAGGCAUUGCAGCACUGUACUCACAGCAGGACAGGGUAGCUGGGAGGUCAGGGAUCCACAUUCAGGAACCCAGGUCCAGCCUCCUGCAGGUCCCAGGAUGAGCCAAGAGAGGUCCACCUUAUUGUGAAGAACCCCCUCUCCCACCCCCUGCCCCAAGGAGAGGGCUUGUCCCAGAUCACAAGCCAAGUGAGGGUGGAGCUGUGGGCAGUGUUCCCAUCUGCCCUCUUCGAACCUCUUCCCCGCUGCCUAGCAACCUCCAUCUCUCCUUUCCCAGUGGGUAGAAACUUUCUGAUUGGCAGGGGGCUGGACCUUUCACUGGUGAGGCUGAGAUGGGAGUGUCAGUUCUGAGUUAUCAGGUCCCCUUCCCCAGCCCCGUCCCUUGGAGGGAUAAGGACUGAAAGGCUUAGGGGAUUUGUUGGAGGACCUUUAGGGGGUCCUGGCAGAAAUUUCGUAAGUGUUUUGCUUCUUCCAUGAGCUUUGGGGAGCACUCACCACCAAGCCCCCAACCCCCUUAAACCCACCAGUCCCCACAGCCUUGUCUUUCUCCCACCUUCCCACCCCCAAAUAAAUUUCCACAGCAAA